UUCUCAAAUCCGUAGUAGGAGAAAUCGAAGGUUUCAUAGUUGGUGGUGAUUAUGUAGAUUCUAUAAAGGAAUACCCUCAUGUUGCUUCUCUGGCGAUAGAACAGUCUACUAAAUCGGGUGAUGAUUAUAUUUUAUGUGGGGCAUCUAUAUUGAACCAAGUGAUUUUAAUAACUGCAGCGCAUUGCAUGGACGACUCUAAGGAAAUAAUAGCGUCUGUGGGAAGUGUAAUAGUUGAGCAAGGAGACCCGUAUCUAGUCGAAAAGUAUAAGCAGCACGACAAAUGGCUUCACCCCAGUUACGACAUAGCUUUAUGUAAACUGAAGAAGGCACUCACUUUUGGGAAGGCGGUGAAACGGGUCCUUCUGAUGAGGACUCCACCGAAGGCGCAAACAGCUGUCUUGACUGGUUGGGGCGCUUAUGAAGAAGUUGACUACUUAGAAUCAGUCCAGCUAAAACAUGCAAAACAGAGACUAUGGCCUAAUAAGAAGUGCAAACAACUCGUCGAAAUGGCACCCAACGGAACGAUUUGUGGGGGUAAACCUAAUGCUACAAGGAAUUUUGCUUCCAGAGGCGACUCAGGGAGCGGUCUCCUCAUCAACAACAAAGUGCUCAUUGGUAUAGUAUCGUUCAAAAACAAGAAGUUCUCUCGCAGCAUCGUCGUCUAUACGGAUACCUCAUACUACUACGAUUGGAUCGUGCGCGAAUCAAAACUGUUAGUAUGCUGUAAAAGGUGUAAUACUAAAAAAAAUACUACUAAGAAGAAUGGAUAGUCAACUUGUGAUUAUUAUUAAAUUAUAUUAAGUAUCAAA